AGAAGCAAUUUGAUACCAACCAUCAAAUUUCGGCACCGUUCUUUGUUAAGAAAUCGACGCUGCACUACUACAUGCUUAUGUGGCCGGUUACUUCAGAUUAGAGCACUUAGGUGGGAACAUGGCAGUGUGUUGCCUAAUGCUUUAUGGUUUCACACGUCUGCUGAAGCAAUGGAAUGGUUCAAUUGUUCUAAGAAGUCCCUUGCUGCUUAUGUGAGGUCAUUGGGAGGAAAUAAGGGUUUGGACAUUACACAGGAUAUGAAGCCACCCAAAAGAUUAUAUAUUGAAGUACAGUGUCUAAAAGACUAUGGAGAAUUUGAAGUUGAUGAUGGUACCUCUGUGAUACUAAGAACAAGCAGCCAGCAUGUUUUACCUUGUUGGCAGUGUGAACAGUUAAUCAGACAAGGAAUUCUGGAACAUGUGCUAUCCUAG